AUGUUUGAUAAUUUUCUUAAAGAUAUUGAUGAAUCAAGAGAUGAUUGGAUAGUCACUGUCAAAGUAUCUAGAUUGUCAGAGUGUAGGAAUUUCAGAAUGGGUGACGAACUUAUGAGUCUUGACAUGAUUUUGAUUGAUCAACAGGUUUGUUUAAAUUUGUGGUUUUCAUUGGUUUUUAAGAAUCAAGUUAUGCAUGCCUCGAUACCAAAGAAUUGGAUUGCAAAGUUUAAAAAUCAGCUUCAUGAAGGGUCAAUAUAUUUGAUCAGACAUAUAAAAGUCAUAUCAUUUGCUCCCUCUUACAGACCCAUUGAAGAAUAUAACAAACGAUACAAGGUUAUUAUCAGGUACAAGGUAGAUAUGAGAGUGUCAGAUGGAACUACCGAAGCAACUUUUAUAUUGUUUGAUAUAGUAACCUAG